GCUUCAGUCUCCUAACGUCUGAGCCGUUGACAGCAGCAGCCCGCCCCGCGUGAGCUAACGUCGCUAAUAUUAGCCUGGUGUCAAAAUGAACGACCAAUAUUCACUUAAUAAUAUUGACAGCCUCCUCUUUCAGUUCGCUCUUCAAACUCGGGAGCUUUCCCAAAAGAAGAAUGACAUCGAACAACAAAUUAAAGUUUGCAGAGCUGACACUGCUGAGAGGAGGUCUUGCAUUCAAACAAUCCACAGUGAAAUCCAGAAACUUGAGGAGGGAAUCAGGGUGAAGCAGAGCACUGUGAUACACAAUAAGGCUAAUGCUAAAAGCAUGAAGGCAACCAACAGCCUGCUUCUUCAGUAUGAGCAGUCACUCAAAACAGAACUGGAGAACGGAAAAGACAGCUAUAACCGUGACAUAGAAGUCUACGAACAGAGAAUUGCAAGUUACAGGAAGAUAUUCCAGUCACACAAAGAAUAUUAUUGCCAAAAUCCUCUUGCUCAAAUACUCCUUGGGCUGCGGGCUGAAAAAGAAGAGAUUGAGUCUAGGAUCAUGGCUUGUGAUGAUCAAAUAACAAUGAAACAGAAGCAGCUGGACCAUCUCACUGGUCCAGUAAUUUAUUCUUCUUCCCCGGAGAAAUUACCAGACAGUGUUUCUGACCAGCACCCCAUAGCACAAGCAGAGAAACAAUUAGAUCCUCAGGCAGAGGAUGAGAAUUCUUCCAUUGACAUCUCCUCUCUUCAUCUCAACCAGACAAAGUCUGGCCAUAAAGCGUCAGUCGAGGCAAAUGAUGAAGACUUUUCUGAGGAAAAUGAGGUCCAGUAUACGACGACCUGCAGCUCUUCCCCAGAGAAAGACAACGAUGAGCGGUGGUCAUCUCAUCCAUUGGAUGAACAAAUACCGCAAGAUGAGAUGCACACUGAGGAGCAGGAAACUGGACAAGAGGAUCAGGUCUUGCAAACCAAUGUGUCGGAUGUGGGGGAAGGAGUGGAGGCUGAUGUGGGGAAAGAGGGCGCUUCAGAUGAAGAGCAGCCACCGAGCGAAAAUGAGGACCUUGGUGCUUUCCAUCAGACAUCUAAAGAGACGCAUCCUCAGUCCUCCGUGGCAGAAAGGCCAGCUGUGUUUUCCACCCCAACGUUCCCAUUUAACUUUAGCCCUGCCGCCUCCCCACAGCCAGGCUCCACUGACACCAAAUCUCCAGCUUUCCUGUUCUCUCUGCAGUCUGACCCCAGCACCACAGGCUUCUCUGGGUUUGGAUUUGACGUGGGCAUGUCACAGGAAGAGGACUCAUCUUUCGCUUUCACCAGCCCUUUUUUUAAUGAAAAGGUACUGCAUUUGUACUUUUAUCCAACUAUAUUUUAUACAAUACUACUCAAACUAAAAUAUCAAACUGUGUGUAUAUUCUUUCAGAAAACCACAGAAACAAAGUCUGCAUCUGGUCCCGAAUUUCUGUUCGGCCAACCAGAGCAAAGUGAAGACUUCCAUUUUGGCUUCAGCUCCAACAGCCCUCAGACAACGAACAAAAAUACAACCAGGGAUGAGUUUCCGUUCUCAUUUAACUUUUGAGAUGUGUAGAAACAACAUUUAAAUACUGAAAAUGGUGUUUCUGAGAACACUUUGUUACCUGUUUUCUUCUGUAAUGUUCUUAAUUAAGCUUAGGGAAAGGUUCAUGGUUUAACACCACCACGUUA